GCAUGAGAAUGGUGCACUGCGCCCGCCGGAAGUAGUUGUCGAGGCGGAAGCUUUUCAGUACCAAAUACUGGAAGUACUUCCCCUUCCGGUCUCUUUGGCCUCGGCGGCAGAAGCAAGAUGACGAAAGGAACGUCAUCUUUUGGAAAGCGUCGCAAUAAGACGCACACGUUGUGCCGCCGCUGUGGCUCUAAGGCCUACCACCUUCAGAAGUCGACCUGUGGCAAAUGUGGCUACCCUGCCAAGCGCAAGAGAAAGUAUAACUGGAGUGCCAAGGCUAAGAGACGAAAUACUACCGGGACUGGGCGGAUGAGGCACCUGAAAAUUGUCUAUCGCAGAUUCAGACAUGGAUUCCGUGAAGGAACGACACCAAAACCCAAGAGGGCAGCUGUUGCAACAUCCAGUUCAUCUUGAGGAUUUUGGCCAUCAGUCAUAAAAUAAAUGUUCUGGUUUCAAAAACUGUA